AUGUAUCCUGAUUUCCUCAUGCAGCUAGCGCAGCCAGAUAUCAGACUAUUACGGCAGUGCAUAUCACUUAAUGUACAAAAUGGAAGCAAGAUAGAAAACGAUCUGUCCUUCGUGGUAAUAUUCCUGAAAUCAGACAAACGAGCUGAAAAUGUCACACACUUGUGUAAAUAUGCCUGGAAAGAUGCCAGUAGCGUGAACGUUGCUUUGGGCCACGAGGCUAAUCUGCGAAUCGUUCCUAUUUGUGAAGACAAAUUUGACAAAUCCCAGAGCGUUGCAGUAGUUCUGAAUGAUAUAACAGUUGGUGAACACGGAAAUUAUACUGAUAGGUACAGUAAAAACGUCAAAACUGCUUUUGGCCAUGAACCGAAAAAUGUGACAUGUCUUGUCAACACAGCCUGGGGGGAGACAUACCGUCAUGUUUUCACUUCGCCCCUGAUAGACACUCUUGAAGGCUCCUCCUGUGUAGAACAAAAGGAAACAGAUCAAAAGACGUUCCCAGCAGGCACAAGAAACCCUGAGAUCGAGAAUCUGACGAUUCCUUACACAGCUCGUACUGUGCCGGCACAGCCGGGUAAGAGGACAGCCCUACCUGUGCGUCUCGUCACUUUGUUAGCUGUGGUAGGACUUACUCUGAUAGCAAUGCUUCCCGUGACACGUUCACUCAGAAAGCAUGGCUACUGUUCAGGGGGUAACCAAGCCGCACAGCUUGCCCGUUCACGGGUAGGGUCUCCCCUCAGUAUUGCCUCCUUGAAUCACUGGAUGAUAGGUGGGGCCAGCGGCCAGGCUGUUACUGUCAACAUCAGGUACAGUACAGCAGGUCGCGAUAGAGCAACUGGUAGUGUUACUGAGCAAGCUUCGUGUUCAGGUGAUGAGCAUCCGUACAGCGAAAUUCCGGACGAAUACUACAACAAGUACCCAAACACUGACACAUACAACAAGUACGAAAAUACUGACACAUACAACAAGUACCAAAACACUGACACUUUACCGCCAGCCACAUACUGGGAGAUUCCCGACGAAUACUUCAACUACUACAACACGCAUCCAGCAUCGUUGCAUACUGCCCACUACGAAAACACCACAGGGCGCCCCCUGUCGUGCCCUCUGGCACUGCAGGAGCCUCUGUCGUCAGGCCAUGACGAUGAAGUACGUCCUGUGUCUUUCAAUGCCUCAGCAGCCCUUCCUAUGGUAAACUUACGGUGUAAGUCUUAUGGCACAGCCUCUAGAGCUGCAGCAGUUCCACAGCAUUAUGGAGUUGGUGCAAGAAAUGCACCCAUUCCAUCCUACGGAAUACCUGCAUCAGUCAACCGUAGAGCCCGAGGUACUAUGUCUUUGGUGGGUGAAUAUGGCAGAACGCAGCGUUCUAGUAAUAAAAUCAUUGCAUUAUACAGCAAUCCUCCUACUGCCACUAAAUUGCCUAAAACAGUGCAGACUAGCGUUAUGCUCAAAGAUGCAUUCAAACAUGAACCUGUAACGAAAGUAACCAAGAGCAACCGAAACAUGUCUAGUCCACCGACUGGACAUUUGAGCAUUGCCAGGUCCAAUGAGGAUACUUGGGCAACACCCGGGGAAGGCCGAAUUCACAGGUCAAAAACCUUCAGCAUUAAACUUACUAAUAAGACGUCACAGACAGACGAAGCACGUCUGCGCCGCAAAAGUCUCUAG